CCCUGUCGUUUGAUUUUGCCUCUCAAAAUUGAACUUCCUCCCAAUCGAGCCGCCAUUGGAGGGCCUCGCCCGAGCUCGUCGAUCCUUCCUCCACCCAUGUUAUAGACAAAAGAGUGCAGCAAAGUCUCGGUAUUUAUUUCGGGACAGUUCGUGAUUUUUCUUAUCAGUUCAUUGAACCAUGUCCGCAAAAUGGCGCGCUCUCCAGCAUCGACACCGUUACACUUACAGUGCCGUCGUGUUCUCGGGCUCGUUCUCGGACUCGUUGAGCCGAUCUUGUUUGUCGGAGUGUUUUCCGAGGUUUUACGCAGAUAUUCUGGAAUUGGUUUCAUUAAAUUCUAUCUACGUCCAAGUUAGUCACGCCAAGAACGUAGCUGCGUCGUUCGGGGAGGUAUUGGCGAAAGCUCAUGAAGAAGACGGAGGGAAAGGUUCAGUUUUGUUAUCCGAAGCUAUUAGGUUUUACUUGGAGGUCUUGUUCAUGGAGAACUCUUUGCCUCUGCAUAGAACCCUAGUCUCUGCUCUGGCUAAAAUACGUAAGUUUCAUUCUAUGAUUAGUUCCUGUUUCCGAGAGCUUUGUAACGAAUAUGGCGGUUUACGCGAUGGUGGGAAGCAGUUCUGUGUGUCUAGAGUGGCUUUGUCUGUGAUGGGAAUGCUGAAAUUGGGAUACUUGGUUGAUAUAAUUGAAGAUUGUGCUCUUUUGGUUGCCCAUGAUAUCAUGUCGGGAUUGAACAGGGUCGUCUCCGAGACUGAGGCUUUGGCUAGGCUACCUCCUACUGUUUUGGAGCAAUGCCAAGAGGCUUUGUCUUGCUUGUAUUACUUGCUUCAGCGUUUUCCGUCGAAAUUUAAGGGUAUGGUUGGUGAAGAAGCAAACUUUAUGGAGACGGUUUUAGCUGUUUUGAUAAGCAUUUUGAAAUCCAUGGCCUUUUCUAGGGACUGUUUUGUGGCUGCUGGUGUGAGUUUGUGUGCUGCUCUACAGGUCUGUCUUGAAGAUGAAGAGCUUGGAUUGUUCAUUGCAGAAGGUGUCUUCGAUCAAACUGCCUGCGAUUUUGGUAACAGUGGUUUUAAGUUUGAGGAUGUUGUUGGUAAAGUUCCAUUCAUUGGGGAUAUUUGUUCUCAGAUACGAAGUUUUUGUUCUUUGAAUAGACUCUGUUUGAUUCGAGGCAUUCUUACUGCAGUUUCCAGGGAUAUUCUUAAUUCCUAUUUUGUUCUGUCGAGCUGUUGCACUAACAGUCAUAGGCAUGGCGAAGAAAUUAGUGGUCGCAAAACUAUUCUGUAUGACGGGAUCUUGCCCGAGCUUUGUAACUUCUGUGAGAACCCCACUGACACCCAUUAUAACUUCCAUGCACUUACUGUGUUGCAGAUCUGCUUGCAACAGGUCAAGGCUUCUAUGGUAGCUAAUCUAACUGAUUUAUCAGAAGAGUAUGAUCCAAUGCCAGAAAACAUGGGAACUCGGAUACUGAAAAUUAUAUGGAACAACUUGGAAGACCCUUUGAGUCAGACAGUCAAACAAGUUCAUCUCAUAUUUGACCUCUUCUUAGAUAUUCAAUCAACCAUUCAUCGGACAGAUGAUACCAUGAGGAUAAAGACGUUCCUUCGGAGUAUUGCCAAUGAUCUUCUUCGUUUGGGAUCACGCUGCAAGGGAAGGUAUGUUCCAUUAGCAUCCUUGACAAGGCGGUUAGGUGCAAAGACAUUGUUGGAUAUGAAUACUGGGUUGUUGUUUGAGACUGCAAAUGCUUUAAUUGAUGAUGAUGUGUGCUGUGCUGCCACAUCAUUUAUGAAAUGUUUCCUUGAAAUUUUUCGUGAUGAGUGUUGGAGCAGUGAAGGCAUUGAUCAGGGCUAUAUGCGUUAUCGAGAACAUUGUCUGCCUCCUUUCCUUUACGGGCUUGCUUCUGGUAUGUCGAAACUUAGGUCAAAUUUAAACACUUAUGCCCUUCCAGUUUUGUUAGAAUUGGACGUGGACAGUAUAUUUCCUUUGCUUGCUUUUAUAUCAAUUGGGCCUGGAGGGGAAAUGAGCAAACUAAUGCAUCCUGAGUUGAGCAACAUGAGCAUUGAACCAGGAGUUGAACAAAAAGUGGCAGUUUUGGUCUCGCUGCUGAAAGUUUCUCGUACACUUGCUUUGCUUGAAGGGGACAUAGAACAAAAAGAAACUGAUGAUGCAGUUGCAUUUGUUUGCAUUAAGGGUAUAGAGAUACAAGUUCCAGUUGAGUGGCUAAUAAUGGCCUUGACCCAUGUUGAUGAGUCAAUUCGUGUAGAUGCUGCAGGGACUCUCUUCUUAAACCCCAAGACUGCUAGUCUUCCAUCUCCCUUAGAGCUCUAUCUCAUGAAGGAGGCCAUGCCUUUGAACAUGAGGUCAUCUUCUACAGGUUUUCAGAUGAAAUGGACCAGCUUGUUCAGAAAAUUCUUUUCUCGGGUCCGUACAGCGCUUGAAAGGCAAUAUAAGCUGGGAAGCUGGGAACCACUUAUAGCUGGUGGAAGGAUUGAAACUUGCUUGAGUAAUAGGGGCAGCGAGAAUGUGGCCCAAAGAGCAGAGAGUCUGUUCAAGUUCAUGAGGUGGCUGAGUUCCUUUCUGUUUUUCUCUUGUUACCCUUCUGCCCCUUACAAGAGAAAAAUAAUGGCAAUGGAUCUUAUACAGAUUAUGGUUAAUGUCUGGCCCAUUGUACAGUCCAAAGAUGAUUUGAAUUCUACUUCCCCUCAAGGCUGUCUCUACCCAUACAAUGAUAGUGUCAACUCUCCUGAUUCGACAUUGUUUCUGGUUGGAUCAAUAGUAGAUAGUUGGGACAGGCUAAGGGAAAGUUCUUUCCGAAUUUUGCUUCACUUUCCUACUCCCCUUCCUGGCAUUUCAAGUGAAGACAUGGUCCAAAGGGUUAUUUCUUGGGCCCAACAAUUAGUCUGCAGUCCACGUGUAAGAGAGAGUGAUGCAGGGGCUUUGGCUCUAAGACUCAUCUUCAGAAAGUAUGUUUUGGAUCUUGGAUCAAUAGUCAAAGCUUCCACCAAUGUUGUUUAUUGUCAAAGAGAGUGCAAAAGGAUGAAUGGUAUAGAUCAAGUCUCUAUAACCAAACGCCCUGUGAUUGAGUAUAUCAAAUCCCUUACCGAUUGGCUUGAUGCCUCUGUGAGGGAGGGCGAGCAUGAUCUCUCUGAAGCCUGCAAGAACAGUUUUGUUCAUGGGGUGUUACUGGCUCUUCGUUAUACUUUUGAGGAGUUAGACUGGAAUUCUGAUGCAGUAUUGUCUGGUGCAUCAGAGAUGAGAAAGGAACUGGACAAGCUUCUUGAACUGGUCACACGGAUAACAUCAUUGGCUCUUUGGGUGGUUUCUUCAGAUGCUUGGUAUUUUCCCGAGGAUGGGGAUGACAUGAUUGAUGAUGAUAGUAUCUUGCCAGAUGUCCAAGAUGAGGAUGGUGAAGAUGCUCUCCCAGAUCAAUAUGGGGACAAGGAUUCAAAAGUUCUGCAGGGAACAAGACAAUCAGAACAGAUAGUUAUGGUUGGCUGCUGGCUCGCAAUGAAAGAGGUGAGCCUUCUGUUGGGAACCAUCACAAGAAAGAUUCCUUUACCUAGCAGCAGCCUUUCUACUUGUGUAGAAUCUGCUGAUCCGGCUUCUGAUGUUAACGGUGGUUUGGUGACUGAAGCAUCUGAAUCGCUGCUGGACUUGAAGCAACUUGAAAAGAUUGGGGAUCACUUCUUGGAAGUACUUUUGAAAAUGAAGCACAAUGGUGCAAUAGAUAAGACAAGGGCUGGAUUUACAGCUCUGUGCAACCGACUGCUCUGUUCCAACGAUCCAAGACUUUGUAAGUUGACAGAAUCCUGGAUGGAGCAACUUAUGGAGAGAACUGUAGCCAAAGGACAAACAGUGGAUGAUUUGUUAAGGAGAAGUGCAGGAAUUCCCGCUGCAUUCAUUGCUUUUUUUCUCUCCGAACCAGAAGGUUCGCCAAAGAAGAUUCUUCCGCAGGCACUAAGGUGGCUAAUAGAUCUUGCAAAGAAGCCUCUUACGGAUCCUGAUGGGCGAAAAGGUUCUAAUCUUGUGGAUAAUGAUGUGAAUCCUUCUGAGUUGGAUCCAAGUGAAAAACUUUCAAAGAUCCGAGAUGAGGGCGUUGUUCCAACGGUGCACGCAUUUAAUGUUCUCAGAGCUGCUUUCAAUGACUCGAACUUGGCCACUGAUACUUCUGGGUUUUCUGCCGAGGCUAUGAUUGUUUCAAUCAGAUCCUUCUCUUCACCAUAUUGGGAGGUCAGGAAUAGUGCCACACUUGCUUACACUGCCUUGGUCCGCCGAAUGAUUGGGUUCUUGAAUGUUCAGAAACGAGAAUCUGCUCGCCGUGCAUUAUCUGGGCUAGAAUUUUUUCACAGGUACCCCUUAUUGCAUCCUUUCAUAUACAAUGAACUAAAGGCGGCAACUGAUAUGCUCGACACAUCGGGUCCAUCAGAUUUGAAUCUGAAAAAUCUGGUCCAUCCAAGUUUAUGCCCUGUUCUCAUUCUUUUAUCUAGGCUCAAGCCUUCGGCCAUUGCAAGUGAAACAGGGGAUGACCUGGAUCCCCUUCUCUUCAUGCCGUUUAUCAAGAAAUGCUCUACUCAGUGCAACCUUCGUGUUCGUGUCCUGGCAUCUCAGGCCUUAACAGGUCUUGUUUCCAAUGAGAAACUCCCGACCGUUCUCUUUGGCAUUGCCUCAGAUUUACCUAUUGAUCGAACCCAAUACGGGUCCUUCAAUUUUUUGCACGGGAUAUUGUUGCAACUCGGUGCCCUCCUAGAUAUAAACUGCAGAAGCCUUACUGAUUCCUCGAAAAAGGAUCAGCUUCUUGGACAGUUACUUGACGUUCUCUCAGAGUGCAAAUGGAUGGCUUCUCCAAUUUUAUGUCCCUGCCCUAUCCUCAAUGCUUCAUUCUUGAGAGUGCUUGAUCGCAUGCUGAGUAUUGGAAGGACAUGCUCUGGAAGCAAACAUCUGAAUGCCAUUUACACCUUGCUUUUGGAUUUAUCUGCAAAUUGCUUGGAUGCAGAAGCCUCUUAUGGUUUCUCCUAUUAUGACCCAACAAUUGCUGAGCUCCGGGAACAGGCAGCUGUGUCUUAUUUCAGUUGCGUGUUUCAGCCAUCCAAUACAAGACCCAUUCGUUCUUUUUUCUCUGACAGAUGGUCAGAACUGGAAAUUGCUGAACCGAUCAAUGGUUUUCCUGAUCUUAACGAAAGGUUGAUUUGUUCCCUGUCCGAUCCAUCAUAUGAAGUUCGUCUCUCAACACUCAAAUGGCUGCUUCGGUUCCUGAAAUCCGAAGAAUCCAAUUGUUCUUCUGAGACGAGCGUUAUCUGGAACUGGGCAAAAACCGAGCUCCAGGUGACAUUGUUGCAGCUCUUGGGAAAGGAUAAAAGCCAUAGAUGUGAGAAUUACAUUCUGAGGAUUCUUUGCCAUUGGAAUCUUCUUAUGUUUCGGAAAUCAUCCAAAGGAGAAUCUAUAGGAGGCGUUUAUGUUGGUUCGCUGGAUUAUGAGUCAGUGUUUCAGCUCUGGGAUAAGCUGACUUCCUUAUAUGAGAACUCAAGACAUGCUAAAACCCGAGGGACACUGAUAUGCUGCCUUGCCAUUUGUGUGAAGCGUUUCACGAGUUUGUUCUUGAAACACUUUUUCACCGUUCCAGACAAGUGUGAAUCCGAGAAACCAGAGGAACCUAGAUUGGCUCACGUAUUUGAUUGUCUCUCCUACUUUGUUAACUUGGUCAAACAGCAAAGCUCAUCAUCCGAGCAAGUGAAUAUCCGUAAGGCAUCUGCAGAGGCUAUGAUAGCAUCUGGUCUACUGGAACAAGCCGAGCUCAUCGGCUCUCAUGUUUCGAACGAUCAAAUCCCCACUGAAACUAAGGCCACCGAUGUACAAGAGCCUUGUAACAGGUACGCCUUUCAAGUUCUCGAGAUGUGGUUCACUUGCAUCAAACUGUUGGAAGACGAAGAUGACGUGAUCAGACAAGAACUUGCCUCCGAUGUCCAGAAGUGCUUCUCCUCCUCCGCGGCUUGGGAAGAAGUCCCCACCCAAGUUGAGAAAGUCAUUGAACUUAGCUUCGGCCAUCUAUCUUCUGUUUUCGGCCAUUGGAACGAGUAUUUCCAUUACCUCGCGGGAUGGGUCUUCAAUGCCGCAACCUACACAGCCUCUUCGGCAAAGGGAGGAGAUCUCGUGAGACAGGUUUUCGACAAAGAGAUCGACAACCACCAUGAAGAGAAGCUUCUAAUCUCUCAAUUGUGUUGUCACCAUCUCCAGAAUCUUGCAGGAUCAUCAAACAGAGAACUUCCCCUUACCCAUCUGCUCGAAUGGAGGGCGAAAUUCCGAAACCAGUUGCUUUUCUUCGCCAACGACCACGUCGGGGAACAAAAAGGCGGUUGGUUAGGCGGAAUCGGGAACCACAAGGACUCGUUUCUCCCGCUCUACGGUAAUCUCCUCGGCUUCUACUCCCUCUCCUUCUGCGUUUUCGGGUCGGUGGCCGAAAAUUAUGACAGAAAACCUCUUCUUUCUGAUAUGGAGGAACUCGGUACGGCCAUGAAACCGUUCCUGAGGAACCCUUUGGUGUCGAACAUUUUCAGAGUCGUUAUCAGAUUACACGAGAAGUCGCUCGGUAUGAGCGUUGAUGAUGACGAUGAUGGAGAGGUUUGGGAUGGUUUUGAUCCUUUUUUCCUCCUCAGAUGAGAUUGUGAAAGUUUUUUUUUUUAUAUAUGUUUAUCAUUUACGUUGGAGUUGUAACAAUAUUUAUGUAUUUUUUUUGGGGCUUUAAUAUUUUUAAGAAUCUCAUGCUCGAGUGAGUACAAUGAUAUUAAUCAUGUAAUAUCAUUGAAGACAAUCGAUUGAAUGUACGGAUUGAUAAUAUCCUUUUUUUUUUUAUAAUCCAAAGAUGACACAAAUUGUUUAUGAA